CUGGGGGCGCAGAGCGCGCCCCCGUGCGGCCCGCCCGGGCCUCCCCGCCCCCGCUUGGCCUCCCCGCCCCGGCCCGCCUCCUCUUCCUGCUCGCGGGCCUCUAGCAGCGGUGGGGCCGGAGCUGCACGCGUGGGGAGCGGAGAAGAGCCAACGCACGGCGGAGAUGCUGGGCGUGGCGGCAGGGAUGACCAACAGAGGCCUUCUUGCUUCUCCACUGGAUCAGAGACAUUCGACAGUGACAGUGAGGAGAGCAGAGCUUUACUCAAUAUGGCCAAUGCCCUGGCCAACGCCACCUGUGAGCGCUGCAAGGGAGGCUUCGCUCCUGCUGAGAAGAUCGUCAACAGCAAUGGAGAACUGUACCAUGAGCAGUGUUUUGUGUGUGCACAGUGCUUCCAGCAGUUCCCAGAAGGCCUCUUCUAUGAGUUUGAAGGAAGGAAGUACUGUGAACAUGAUUUUCAGAUGCUUUUUGCUCCUUGCUGUCAUCAGUGUGGUGAAUUCAUCAUCGGCCGAGUGAUCAAGGCCAUGAACAACAGCUGGCAUCCUGAGUGCUUCCGCUGUGACCUCUGCCAGGAGGUGCUGGCUGACAUUGGAUUUGUCAAGAACGCUGGGAGGCAUCUGUGUCGCCCCUGUCAUAACCGUGAGAAAGCCAGAGGCCUUGGGAAGUACAUCUGCCAGAAAUGCCAUGCCAUCAUUGAUGAGCAGCCGCUGAUAUUCAAGAAUGACCCUUACCACCCGGACCACUUCAACUGUGCCAACUGCGGGAAGGAGCUUACCGCUGAUGCCCGAGAGCUGAAAGGGGAGCUGUACUGCUUGCCUUGCCACGACAAGAUGGGGGUCCCCAUCUGUGGGGCUUGCCGCCGGCCCAUUGAAGGGCGCGUGGUCAAUGCCAUGGGCAAACAGUGGCAUGUGGAGCAUUUUGUCUGUGCCAAGUGUGAAAAGCCAUUUCUUGGGCAUCGCCACUAUGAGAGGAAGGGCCUGGCAUACUGUGAAACCCACUAUAACCAGCUAUUUGGUGAUGUUUGCUUCCACUGCAACCGAGUUAUAGAAGGUGAUGUGGUCUCUGCUCUCAAUAAGGCCUGGUGCGUCAACUGCUUUGCCUGUUCUACCUGCAACACUAAGUUAACCCUCAAGAAUAAAUUUGUGGAGUUUGACAUGAAACCCGUCUGUAAGAAGUGCUAUGAAAAAUUUCCUUUGGAGCUGAAGAAAAGACUGAAGAAACUAGCUGAGACCUUGGGAAGGAAAUAAUUGCCUUUCUCAUAUUUUUUCCCUCUUCUAUGCAAUAAGAGAUUACCAACAUUACUUGACUUGAUCUGCCCUCAUUUAGAGCUGUUACCACAAAAUAACUGAGAGUGAAGGGGACCAUACAGAUGGUUUCUCUAGCUCUUAUUUCUCAGUAAGAAUAGAAAAUUUGUAUAAAUCUGUUUAAAACAGUUAAAACCACCAUUUGCCUUUGUUAGUAACCCCUGUCAGAUUGUUGGCAUGGUGAGCUGUGGCUAGUAGCAAAAAGCAUCUGGUUAAAUGUUAAACUUUGCCUGAGGUCCAAAAAAUUAAAUCUAACUUUUAGAACAAAGUAAAGAGGCUGGAAGAAUAGUCACAGUAGCACAGAGGACUUGCAUGUGAAAGGCCCCAGGCUUAGUCCUCAGUAUCACCAAUAGCCAAGUGGUGAUAUGGCCAAAAGAGAAUAUUUAAGAAGCUUUUACAUGCCAUGAUUUAUAUAUAUAUAUAUAUAUAUAUAUAUAUAUAUAUAUAUAUAUAUAUGCAUUAUUUUAGCUUUUACUCAACAUAAAGUUCCACCUGCUAUAUGGGAUGAUACAGGGGAGUAAAUAACAAAACCAAAUCUCAAAGAAUCUUUAUAUCCUUAUCAAAGUAGUAUAGUUAUAUAGUGCAUUUACACAUUAUUAAAACAAAGUGCGUGUUCAGAACUACUUGAGGGGGUUGUGUUGAUGCAAUAAUAUGCUUGCUUUUAUAUUUUGUGAACUGUUUUCUUUGGACAGUUAUUUACACAGUAGUUAUUGCUAGCCAGUAGUAUGCUUUUUAAAUUUUUGUGCAGAAAGUUUACCUUACUUAUUUGAGGAUAGAGUGUGCUUCACGAUAUUGGAAUAAUGAUGUCUUUAACGCGUAACAGUAAUUAUGCUUCUUAGCUUUGAGGUCAAGGCGUCAUCUUAGAUAAGGAAAUGAAAUUAAACUUUAUAUAGCUUGGAAUUUAUCGAAUGUAUCUCAAUUUUUCUCUCAUAAAAAAUUGAAUGUAUGUGUACUGAUCCUAUCCUAUUGCCUCUAUAAUCAUGCUAAUAUCUAUGCUUUAUGCAGAAACAUGUCUUGCCUUAGAAAAACAUGUACUUUAAUCAGAUAUUCUAACUAUUUUCUAUUAUCCCAAAUGAAGAUUAAGUGAAUUCAUUCACACAGUUUGAUAUCCCUCUUGUUUUGGGGAAACAUACUGAAAUUUAUUUUCACCUUGGACCAUUCUUUUUUGAGAAACUUGUAUGCAAAGCAGAUGCUGAGAACAGCUUUAAAUAUUGCUGUUGCUUCAUUGUCAGUAAAAGAAAAUUGCCAAAAUUGACUUCUAAGGGAGAAUAUUAUUGGUUUUAAAAGAAAAAAAAAGUUGAAACAACAAUGAGAAAAAGAUGACCGCCACGAGCAGUGGAUUUGUAGUGCAGGCUCUAGGCACCAAUGAUAACCAUGGAGGCAAAAAAAAAAAAUUAAAAAAAACCCUCAGAUGCUACCACUCUGCCAUUAACAUAUGUAUAUGCAUACAGACUUUUUUUUUUUUUUAAGUUUUUGCCUAUACUUUAUAAGAGUAAAUUCUGAAAUUCAGUUUUCAGGUAACUUGUAUUCACUUAUAUUUAGUGUUCUAUUAGAGUGUAAAGAAUUACUAUAAAUGAUUGAAAAGUAAUCACUAUAUAUAAUUUAAGACAGUAUGUGCUCCAAGUUUCCAACAAUCUUUAUAUUUGAUAGGAAAAAUAAAAAUUCCUUCAGUAUGCCUUUGUCGGCUAAUAGAUGACCACCAGUGAGAACCUUGAAAGUAUUUAUUAAACAUUGUGCUAUGAAUGCCAGCAAAAAGAUUGCAAGGAUUUGCAGCAUAUGGUCUUGAUGCUAAAUUCUCAAAAGUCACUGCAUCAGCAAUAUGAACAGGAUAGCCGCCACUCAUCCACAUUCUUAGGACUUCAGUGAUCAUGGACUCCUCUCAGCUGCCCUGCUCACAUAGCAGACAUAGUGCGGACUCUUCCGUAACUACAAGUCCUGCUGCUAUCUUAGCUCACUCCUGUAUUUAGCUAUGAAUUAGCAUUACCUGAAAGGUCAAUUCUACUUCAAGCUAUUUUUACCUAGGCACACUUUUUUGCUUAGUGGUACCAUUGAAGCCUCUACACGUGGGAAAGAAGGGAAAAAUUGGGAAAGUUUUAAGGAGAACAGGAAACAGACUUGGUUUAACUCAUAGUGUUUAUUCAUGGGGCUUUCCUCUGGUGUAGAAAGUCUAGUUAGUAUGCAUCUCAUUGACUGCAAGGUGAUUUGAAGUGGCUAAUAGUUCUUACUGCAUCUGUAGGUGCUCCAGUUUCUUACCAAGCCUAAAGUAAUUAGGAAAAAUAUCUGGGUACAAGUAAAGCAUACUGUAGAUCAUGGUUGAUGCCUUAUUACUGGUAUAACUGAAACAAUAGGUCAUUUGCUUCACAGUUUGCCAAAAUCGUUAUUUUCAAGUUAAGGGAAAUUUGAGGUGGGCUUACAACAUUCGUGUAUUUCACUGUAGAUUGUAAGCUCAAGGGCAGAGACACUAUAUUGAUAAUUAUGUUUUUAUGUAGCAACCAUUGCAGUAUAUUCUUGGUGCUUAAUAAAUGUUCAUAAUUAUUAACAA